CCCGCGCGGUCAGUCAGGAACAACAUGGCGCCGGGAGCUGGUUAGCCUCGGGUCCAGCUCAGCCUGAAUCCCUGGUUCCGGUUCAGGAUGAAUCUCUGCGCGCAGAUCUUACGUCAGGCAGAAGCGCUGAAGGCGGACAUGACAGACUCAAAGCUGGGGGCCGCAGAGGUGUGGACGUCCCGCCAGGCCCUGCAGGAUCUGUACCAGAAGAUGCUGGUCACAGACCUGGAGUACGCUCUGGACAAGAAGGUGGAGCAGGACCUCUGGAACCAUGCCUUCAAGAACCAGAUCACCACACUGCAGAGCCAGGCCAAGAACCGGGCCAACCCCAACCGCAGCGAGGUCCAGGCCAACCUGUCCCUGUUUCUGGAAGCAGCCAGUGGCUUCUACACUCAGCUGCUGCAGGAGCUCUGCACGGUCUUUAACGUGGACCUGCCCUGCCGGGUUCGCUCAUCCCAGCUCGGCAUCAUCAGCAACAAGCAAGGCAGCGGCGGCGCCAUCGUCACCCCCCAGCCCAGCUCCUGCUCCUACAUCUGCCAGCACUGCCUGGUGCACCUUGGAGACAUCGCGCGUUAUCGGAACCAGACCAGCCAGGCGGAGUCGUACUACCGUCAUGCCGCUCAGCUGGUUCCUUCAAACGGUCAGCCCUACAACCAGCUGGCCAUCCUGGCCUCCUCCAAAGGAGACCACCUCACCACCAUCUUCUACUACUGCCGCAGCAUCGCUGUCAAGUUUCCCUUCCCGGCCGCCUCCACCAACCUGCAGAAGGCGCUGUCCAAGGCCCUGGAGAGUCGCGACGAGCUGAAGUCCAAGUGGAGCGUGUCCGACUUCAUCAAGGCCUUCAUCAAGUUCCACGGUCACGUGUACCUGACCCGGAGCGUGGAGCAGCUGGACGCUCUGAGGCAGAAACUGGAGGAGCAGUUCCAGCGGCUGAUCCUGCAGAAAGCCUUCAGCUCCCAGCAGCUUGUCCACAUCAGCGUCAUCAACCUGUUUGAGCUGCAUCACCUCAGAGACCUGACGGCGGAUGAGCGCAGCUUCAGCUGCGAGCAGCAGACCUGCUGGUUCCAGCUGCUCGGCCUCUUCAUGUCCUUCCUGGGCCUGAUGUGCAGCCGGGUUCUGCUCAACAAGAACCAGGACGAGGAGAUCAUGGGCGAGUGUCCUCUGCCGGCCAUCAAGUUGUCUUUGGACUGGCUCCGGUUGAGGCCCAGCGUCUUCCAGGAGUCCGCUGUGGAGCAGAGGCAGCAUAUCUGGGCUUGGCUGGUGUCCAUCCUCAACAGCUUCCAGCCCAGAGAGGAGGACCUGUCCUGCUCCUCAGCUGCGCCCCUGCCAGAGGAGUUUGAGCUGCAGGGUUUCCUGGCUCUGCGGCCCGCUCUCAGGUGUUUGGACUUCUCUAAAGGCCAUCAGGGUAUCCUGGUGGACAGGGACGGGCUGCCGGUCCACGCCCGGCACCAGCGGCUCGCCAGUCUGGGAAAGUGGGUGUGUGACACCCAGCCAGGGCUGAUGCAGUGCCACGUGAGUGAAGAUGGCCUCCUUGUCUUCCUGACUGAUAUUCCGGAGCAGGCCAUCGAGGAGCCGCAGGAGAAGGAGGUGCCGGUGCUGCAGGAGUCGUCCAACGGCGAGCAAAAUGACGGCGGAAACUCAGGCCUGAAGUCGGUGCUGUCUGCCGGGAAGACGCAGAGCUCGUGGUCGGAUGGCGGCGAGCGGCCUGUGGUCACCUUCAAGGAGAACAUUAAACCCAGAGAUCAGAGCCGCGAGCCCGCUAGAACCCCAGUGCUGAAGGACGCCAGCAAAGAGCGCCGGGACUUCCUGAAGGGGAACGCUGGGAAAGUAGAGCCAAAGAGGGACGGCAAGAGGAAGAGCGAGGUGAAGAAGAGCCCUCUCGACAAGCCUGCAGAUGCCGGCAAACAGGUGAAGGCGCAAAUGGAGCUGAGGAAGACUCCGGUUUCCGAAGUGAAGAAGACUCCUGGCACUCAAACGCAGACCACCUGCUCCUCCCAGUUUAUCCCCAUUCACCACCCUGGAGCCUUCCCCCCCCUGCCCAGCAGGCCAGGUUUCCCGCCCUCCGCUUACGUCAUUCCCCCCCCAGUGGCGUUCCCGGGGCUCCAGGUCAGUCCAGGAUUCACCUUCUCUCCUGGAGUCUCUGUUCCCGGAAACUUUCUCCAGCAGGCCGUCCACAGCCAGGCGGGAGCUCAGGUUCAAGGGGGGAAGCAGUCCCACAUUCCCUACAGCCAGCAGAGGCCCUCAGGGCCAGGCCCCAUGACCCCGGGACCCCCCACAUCCCAGCAGGCCUUGCAGCUCCAGGUUCAGGCCAUGAGCCAGCAGCAGUCACCCACCAAGCCGGUGCAUCAGGUGGGGCUGGGGAAGAGCCCCCCUCACCAUCCAGGACUCCAGCAGUUCAUGCAGGUUCAGGAUCAGCCCACUAAGAUGUGGAGCCAGGCCGCCCUGCAGAAGAUGCCCCCCAUGCAGGUGUCCCCGAAGCAGCAGCCCCCCUUCUUCAUGCCGCACCAGGAGUCCCUGAAGCUGUUUGAGCCCCCCCCACAGCUCUCCAGCGUGGACAACAAGUUCUCUGACGUAAAGAUGCCAGACUUUCCCUGGGAGCCCUGGAUGAGUGACAUGAGGAUGAAGAGACCCCCACCAGGGGUUGUCUGUGCAGACCAGGAGGCCUCGGUUGGCCCUCGAGGACCCCCCUUUGAGGACAACAAGAGCUCGCCUCUUCUCCCCCCCGACCUGUUAAAAACUCUAGCAGACUUGGAGGCGGAGGAGGAGCUGCUCUUUGCUAAGCCCCCAGACUUCUUGCAGGCCUUGGCCGGUCCUCUGAGCUCUGCUCCAGGACCAAACAUGUUUUCAAACCAGAGCAGGAUGGAGAGCGGCCCAGAGCCCAGCAGCCAGUCUUCUUCCCUGCUGCCAAUCCCAGGCUUUCCCAUGCAGGAGUUCAAUCAGAAAAGCAUCUUCAGUCAGUUCUAUGGCAAAAACCUGCCCCCCAGCUCCAAGCCGGAGGUGCAGCAGGAGCCGUCCCUGUACUCCCUGUUUGAGGGCACGCCGUGGUCCCCCUCCCUUCCUGCCAGUUCAGAUCACUCCACCCCCGCCAGUCAGUCCCCCCACUCCUCCAACCCCAGCAGCCUGCCCUCGUCCCCCCCUACUCACAGCCAUGGGGGCGUGCCCUUCUCCAACUUUGGGCCCAUUGGUACUCCAGACAGCCGGGACCGCAGGGGUGCAGACCGCUGGAAGGCCGAAAAGAGCGGAGGUGUAAGCGGCUUCGGCUUGGACUACUUGCCGACUGCCCCCCCCUCCACGUUGCCCGACACCACCUGGCAUCAGGGCGGGUCUACGGGCUCCUGGACCAAUCAGGAGACUCCAAUGGAAGAGUCGUCCUCCACUGUGUUGCUGGACAGCUUGAAGUCCAUCUGGUCGAGCUCCAUGAUGCAGCCGGGCCCGUCGGCGCUGGAGCAGCUCCUCCUGCAGCAGAAGCAGAAGCAACAGCGGGGUCACGGCGCCAUGAACCCCCCCCACUGAAGCUGGCGCUGUGCGGCGCUUUGUCCAGAUGUGAUCAGUUCACCACCAGGAGAAACAGGGGGGCGUGACACGACGUGAAGUUUGUAGAUGAGCUCCAAAUAAAGUGGGAAAUUAAACCUGAAAAUGGUGAAGCUGGGGAGGCAACGACCCCCCCCCAACACAGCUGAGUCACCACCCACACCGCCCUCAGCCGUUGAGGAGCAGUGGCGCCCCUCCCGGACUGGAGGGCGCAGGGAUACCUUUCGCUGGGGUUUCCUUCAACUUGCGGAAAUCUUAACUUUGAGGGACACCCCCUCUCCAACUGGACAGCCCCCCCUCACCAGGUCGGCCCCCCCCCCCCUUGAUUUUAUCAGCCGCCUCUUUUUAGAAGAUCCCAGAAGGCGACGUAUGCUCAGCUUUGAGGAGCGCAGGUUUUUGGCGCCUCGUUGUGCAGCCUGAAGCAGAGUCACUGUGGGAGGGCGAGGACCACGUGGAGGUCAGGUUCAGGGGGAGGUGGAAAAAAAAACAGGCCGGACUUUUACAACAUUAUUUCUUUGGAGGAUGGAGACAGGUUUGGUGUUGCUGAGCUGGAAGAAGGCGGUGUUGCUCACUCCGACACAUUUACUAAGAAAGAGCUCGGCCUUCACUAAGGCGGGGAGGGGAAGGGGGGGGACUCAAAAACUGUCAAUCUUAGCUGUAGCGCGUAGGUUCAAGAGGUUGCAGAUUCUCCAUUAAAAAAGAGAAAUGUGAUUUGUUCAUAGCGAUUUUAGCUUCUAGGCUUCUCUUCUAUGUCUUCUUGUUACUAACGAGAAAAAAAAGAAAGUCAUAACCCCGCCCAUUUAGCUAACCUGCAUUUACGCUCUCUGUUUGUGUUCGCUGCAACUCUGGCGCCGGUUGGUGGCUCCGCCUUUCGUGAAAUGUAGAUGAGUGUUUGUGCUGCGUGUCGGCGGCAGCUUCCUCACUUCUGUCCACUGACGGCGGCUGAAGUCGGUCCAGGGAAAGCUGAUGGGUCGAGGCGGGAAGGAGGAUCCGGAGCGCCCAGCGGUUCUGUGUGGCUGCAUGUGGUCCGAGUUCUGGAGCUGCUGCUCAUGCAGAGCCGGUCCUUUCAGACUUCAGAGACUCCUUGCUUGUUUUCAACCUUCAAAUCCUUGUUUCUGUGUUUUAAGGAGGCAGAUCAUGUUUACCUGCUCACUGAUGCUGGAGGUGUGCGAGGGGCGGGGUUUCGGGGUGUGUCAAGCGUUCAGCGUUCCUGUUUGUUGAGAACCAAUCAGAGUGCAGCUUUUGGGACAGGUGACCAAUCCUUCUACUUCCUGUUUGAGCCAGCAGAAGUCACUUUUCCACCUGAAGAAACAGUUCUGGAGAUCAGCCCGGUUUCAUUGGCCCGCUGAAGGGGGGGCAGAGUGUAUAUUUUCCACGUGGUUGUGCUUUUCUGUGCAUUUACCAGCUGUAUCCGAAACCUAAUAAAUCUCAUGAAUGUGAGGAA